AUGUCGAACUUUUUUAGGGAUACGUCCUUAGGGUUCAAACCCAGGCCCAACAUCUUCUCCAAACUGAGGGUGAAGGAGCCAUCGUCUGAGCAGGUCGCCAAUUUCAACCAGGAGGGGACUAUUACAGAUGACGAAAAUGACUCGUCGAUGAUGAGUUUCAUGAACAACCACAACACUAUGGAGCACACUACGUUGUUGGAAAUGAAUACCCCUGCUGACAAAAAUCGACAUGCUACAGAAAGUACCCCGAAGAAACCGGCUAAUGAUCUCAGCGAUGAUUUUGAGAUAACCGAAGUUCGGAAGAUAGAGGAGUCCACAGAGAGUAAAGCAGAGCCAGCUUCAGAGCCAAAACUGCAACAGGCAUCUAACCCCUACCCUCACGGCCAAUCUCAUGAGGCAUCAUCUAACGAUGUUCUUUUGGAGGCCUUCACGAACACGCAAAGAAUAUGUUCCAAUUUAAAACAAGAACUGCAAGCGAAGCAUAAUGAAAACGUUAAAUUGAAGGGCAGCUUGCAAAAUUAUCAGACGGAUAUAAAAAAACUGCAAGAUAAAUUUGAGCAGUACCACAGAUUGCUAUCUUCUUUACAAGAAAAGGCGACUUCUUUACAACAGGUCAAAAAUACUGAAAACUCCAAGCUACGAGACUUGACGGCGGAUUACGAUACCUUUAAAGGUAAAAUUACCGAAUAUAAAGGGGAGAUUAGUAGUUUACAUACAAAGUUCAAUGAAUUACAAACGGCCAAGAGAGAUUGCGACACGGAAUUGUUGAAGAGGACCAAAGAAAUAGAGUACCUACAGAGGGAGUUGGAUGAUUAUUCAGGCCAACUAAGCGAGGAAAAGAUCAAGAACGGUAAUAUAUUCAACUCAUUGCACCAAUUCAAAUCAGAGUUCAAAACGUUUUUGUUGGAUACUAUUGGUGAUAAACCAAAGGAAUUUAUGGAUACUUUACUCUCCCUCGAAUCAAGAGUUCAAGACACGAUAGACAAGCAGUUAUCGACACAAUUACGGGUAAACAAAGAUGACACACAGAAAUGUAUCACCGAUAUGGUACAUAUCUUUGACGAAAAGUACGACCAAGUCAAAAUACCCUUUUUAUCGAACCCAGUUCCUGUUGAACGUAUCGCGACUAACACAUUUUAUGAAUAUACAUUCUCCCCAUUACAAUCCUUACAAAAAAGAACUUUGCAAAAUAUAAGAGAAAUUAAGGAUCAUGUUGGCAACGCAAUUGAAGAUAGCUCUAUCAAAAGCGCAACCUCUAUCAUAAACAGCAUCGAUGCAGCAAAGAAGGAAACCACCGAGCAGCUCUUAAAUCAUGGAUCAGAGUUUCAACAGAGUUCUGCUGUCUUAUUGGAAAAGCUGGCCACAGUUUCCAGUUAUCUAGAAAAUGCUGCUCCCAAGCGAGACGAAAAGACGCAAGGUCUGAUUUUGGAAUUGUCAAGCGCAAUUGAGGGGUAUCAAACCAAGCUGACGUUUUCUAAAGAGUAUGAAGAGACCAUCAAGGGAUUGGAAGCACAUAUCAGUUCCUUGGAACAGCAGAUAACCGAAAAUAUGUCUGCUCUGGGCAGUAAGGAUGCGCAGUAUGAGGAGACCAUCAAACAAAUGGAAGAGCAAAAGAUUGAACUUUCUCAGCUGCGUACCCAAGAGACUGGCAAGAUGGAGGAAAACGUGCAAUUGAUCAAAGAGCUGGAACAGUGCAAGGCAGAAAAUAAAAGGAUUACGGAAAGCUUGAAGAUUGAGCGUGCCAAUUUUGAUAAUAAAUUGAUAUCGCAGAAUGGUAUCAAUAGUGUGCUAGUAUCUGAAAAUGACACACUUAAACAAAGAGUACUUGAACUGGAAGACUACAGACAGAAUGUUCAAAGGGACCAAACAAACAGACUGGACAAAUUUCAAAAAAUCAAUGAACAGUUGCAAAAGUUGAACGUGGAGUCGGUGCAACUGAAGGCCAGAGGAUUAGAACUGGAGGAGGAGAACAGAAAUUUGAGGAAAGAUUUGGAAAAUAGCACAUCAAAAGAAGAUGACAAUGCUCAGGAAGUACAAUCGCUACGGAAUCAGAUGUUGAACGUAAAUGCUGAGAAACAGGAGGUUUUGCUUGCAAAAUACAAAUUGGAGGACGACUGUGAGCGACUCCGGUCCAACAUUGAGAAAAUGAGACACAAAAUCAACACAUUGCAAGAGGAGCAGAAAAGGAAAGUGUCCGACCCGGAAACAAAAGAAAACGUAAACAUCGCGGUUUCACAACAAUGUCCAAAGUCUAAUCAGUUUACUGGAAGGGUAAAAAAGACCGCUCUCUCUUUAACGUCAAAACGUAGUGGCAGCAUGAAAGCAGGACAUGGGAAAUUGGAUACGUCAAACUCGAUUGAUCCAUUCAUUCAUCAUCCAGACAAACCCACCUCUCAAUAUCAGGACGACAAUCAGGACGACGAGUUUGACUUACCGUCCUCCUCUAAUGACGAUUUGGAACUGACAAACCCGUCCCCGAUCUACAUCAAGCCUGCCAACAAUAAAUUCAAAUCAUUAGGCAGCAUAAAACAACCAUCAAUUGCCACCAGAAAGAAACUACUGCUUGUGGACGAAUAUACCCCCAAAAAGGAAGACGCCCAAAGGAAGAGGAAACGCAAGAGAGUAUAA